GUUACCCUGAGCAAUGUGGACAUGAUGGUGGAGACCGUCCGUGAGAUCGCUGAGCUAGUGACGUGGGGCGACAAGCACGACGCGCUGAUUACAGAGUUCUUCAUGGAGAAGCGCAUGCUUGAGAAGUUGCUGGGGUUUCUUGAACCAUCGCGCAGAACAGCAAAGCCGAUGAAAGUGCAGAUUCUGCAAUCCCUGAGCAUCUUCUUCCAGAACCUCAACAACUCGUCGCUGAUCUUCUACCUCCUAUCGAACGACCACGUGAACGAGCUCAUCACCCACAGGUUCGACUUCCAAGAUGAGGAGCUGAUGGCGUACUAUAUCUCGUUCCUGAAGGCGCUUUCCCUCCGCGUCAACGCGGACACCGUCCACUUCUUCUUCAACGCGCGGAAGACUCCAGGUGACGCCGCGUCCACCUCCCUCCUGCCCUUCCCCCUCCUGACCGAGGCGCUGAAGUUCUACAACCAUGACGACCACAUGGUGCGAGUUGCAGUCCGCACCUUGACGUUGAACAUCUAC